CUCGUUUCUCUCCAUUUCCCAAAAAGCUUUUUUUUUUAAUCCCCCUUUUUUUAAAGGCUGUUUUAGUUUUUUCUUUUAUAUUCCAUUAUUCCUUUCAAAUUGCAGAUUAAUCCAACGACUCACAUCUUCCACAAACAAGCUAGCCUCUUCCUUACCUCUUCCUCCAUCCUCCAUCGUCUCUUACCUCAGUUAAAAGAUCUUCUCCAGAAGUUUCCGAUCAUUCUCGGUGUUUUUUCACUACACGCGCCCCUGAGAUCGAGCCACGCGCCUGUUUCCGCCUCCGUUAUGGUCGUUAGCGGUGGGAAGCCAUUGAAGCGGAUGAAGAGGAGAGUCACUGCUGAUUUCUAUGAUUUUCUCACGUUUCCGUCCCCUGCAGUCGCUGGAGAAGAUUUCUCCGGCGGAGCAUUCCGGACAAACGUGAGAUCUUUCCUGUCGAAGCACGCGCUGCUUCCACCGCCUUCGGCUUUGUUCCCUCACCUGCUGACGUGGCAGAUCCUGUUCCGAGUCGGUGACUUGACGGACGGCCUGGAAUCGAGCCCAGCGGUGGUCUGCCUUGACGUUGUCGAAGAGGAUGUGGCCAGAUCUAGAUCCGUCUACUGCGAUCAGUGCCGAGUUGUUGGUUGGAGUGGCCAUCCAGUGUGCGCAAAACGUUACCAUUUUAUAAUCAAGGCUGAUGGUACUUCCAUUGGCGGGUACCACAAGCCAUGUAUGUGCUGUGGAGACAUCUUGCACUUGUCAGAAUCCAAGUGCAAGUCUUGCAACCAUGUGACAACCACGGAUGAUGUUGAAGACUGGGUCUAUCACCAAUUAGAAAGCACAACUCAUCUUUUGCAUGGGGUAGUCCAUGCUAACGGUCAUGGGCACCUACUUCGAGUUAAUGGUAGAGAAGGUGGUUCCAAAUUUCUUUCUGGGUGCCAUAUCAUGGACUUCUGGGAUCGCCUCUGCAAGACACUUGGAGUUAGAAAAGUUAGCGUGAUGGAUGUGUCAAAGAAGUUUGGGGUGGAGUACCGUCUACUCAAUGCUAUUACGAAAGGACAUCCUUGGUAUGGUGAUUGGGGUUAUCAGUUUGGUUCUGGUAGCUACGGUCUUACCCAUGAAUCAUAUAAGUCUGCUGUUGAAUUCCUGUCCAAUCUGCCCUUGUCCACCUUUCUUGCCCAAGGGCAGAAAUGUGACUCACGUGUACAAGGCAUGAUCUCAUAUUACCAGUCUUUGUCAAAGAAAGAGCUUGUAAAUAUAAGGGGCUUCUUGUGUUUUUUAAUGGAUUUGAUUCAUGAUGCUCGUAAGACUGCUGCAUCAAAUAUUGAUGACAUCACCUGCAAGAAGCGACGCCUGAAUGUUACUGGAGUGUCUUCUUCAUGGACUAAGAGUGACAUUGAAUGUGUGGAGGAAGCCAUGUUGAGAGUGCUUCGAGCUGUGUCUGGGUCCAAUUGGGUGAGCUGGCGAGCUCUAAGGGGUGCUGUCUGCAAGGUGGCCUCCCCGGAGCUGCUUGAUUACUGUCUUGGAGAAUUGGGAGGAAAAGUGGUCCUUGGUGCAACAGUGAAUACCCGAUGCAAUCCUGUUACUGGUGCUUUUGAGUACAGACUAGAGGCGGGGGACAAUUCUCGCUAUGGAUUUGCAACCAAUAUUUCUUCGGGCUUAAAGAAUCCAUCUGAAGUGACUCUUCUACACGACCUGAGAUACUUUUAUAAUUCCAUUCUUAAUCCUCAGACGAUGUUGAACUAUGAUCCAGAGGAGACAAGGGUAAUUGCCAUGAGCUCUGCUCAGAAACUUCUUGACUGCAAGCAGUUUGUCAAGGACUAUAAACCCGAGAUGAUGCCGCUGUCAAACCUGUCUAAGAUACGCCUCUCAUGUCAAUUAGAGCUAGAAGAUGAAUCUGAUGAUUUUGCUGCUCACCUCCCACCAGAGUUAGUGAUCCUCCCUGGAAAUGCCACCGUAGCUGACCUCAAGGUUGAAGCAGCAAAUGCUUUCCAAGAUGUUUAUGUCAUGUUCAGAAGACUUCAAAUCGAGGAGCUUCUUGGCUAUAGUGUUGAGGAUUCCUCCUUGGUCCAGCAAUUGUCAGGUUCCAUGAUCCAAGCAGUCCGGCUGCGAGGAAGAUGCAACGGCAAGAAUGGGUUGAGCAAAUUCCAAAUGGAACGGGGCAUCGAGAGGUGGACCGUGGAAUGCAGCUGCGGGGCCAAGGACGACGAUGGAGAGAGAAUGUUGGCUUGUGAUAUAUGUGGAGUGUGGAGACACACAAGGUGUUCUGGCAUUCACGAUGCAGAUCCCGUGCCCGCACAGUUUGUUUGUCCAAGAUGCCAGAACUCUGACCCCAAGCCCAAAUCUAAUGGACCCUGCGAGGAUGAGAUUGUGAUUGAUAUUGCCAAGAAUUGCUUUGAGAACAGCUUGCUAGUGCCAUCUGAUGUUCGUUGAGGCACCGACUCCAAGUGUGUAAAUGUUUUUAUUUCUGUGUAGUGUGUAGUUUGAGGUGGCCUGAAAAGCAAAACAGAACUUGUACAUAACAGAAUGCUGCCUUCGUCUUUUGUAAAUAUGUCUAACUAGACUGACGAUGACUUCUGGAUAUUAUCUAUGUAUGGUAUCAAAACUAACAAUCCCAUGGAUAGUGCAGUUCAGUCAUUUCUGUA